AUGGCAGCCCCAGAUCAAAGAAAACAACAGCGUGCGGAGCCACGGAAACCAUUGGAAGGAAAACUUGAUGAAAAUGGACAGAUAAUGCUGCCAAAAAAGAAGCUCUACCGUCAGCGAGCUCACGCAAAUCCUUUCUCAGAUCACCAACUGGACUAUCCGGACCAUAUGGAUUGGUCCAAAAUGUUUCCCGCUUACGUUGACCCUGACCCAACCGCCGUCAAUAUCUCGGGAGCCAGGAAGCUGGUUAAAAACGUGGAAAUAGCUGAUAUUGGCUGCGGGUUUGGAGGGCUAUUGGUAGCGCUGGCGCCACUAAUGCCCGACACCCUGAUGGUUGGCAUGGAGAUCCGUUCUUCCGUCCUCGAAUAUGUGACAGAGAGAAUAAGGGCGCUUCGUUCAAGGCAUCCUCCCCCCGCAGCACCUGAUGCCACAAUGGAUGCUGCUUCGGAACCAGAAAACGCUCUCGGAGAAGUAUCAUUACCUUCUACCCAACCGAAUGUUCCAGAGCAGCCGAAUUUCCAAAAUAUAUCUGCCGUCCGCUCGAAUACAAUGAAAUUUCUGCCAAACUUCUUCUUCCGCCAUCAGCUCUCAAAGAUAUUCAUUUGUUUUCCUGACCCGCACUUUAAGGCGAGGAAACAUAAGGCAAGGAUUGUCUCGACAACACUUAACGCUGAAUAUGCAUAUGUACUACGGCCUGGAGGGAUGCUAUACACAAUUACAGAUGUGGAGGAUUUACAUCUAUGGAUGGUUUCGCAUUUUGAUGCGAAACCUGCAGAUAACGAUCUCAACUCCCAUGAUAUUGCUGAGUUAUGGGAACGUGUGAGUGACGAGGAACUUGCGGCGGAUGACUGUGUUCGAGUGAUGCGGGAGGAGACAGAAGAAGGCAAGAAAGUGACAAGAAAUAAUGGGCAGAAAUUUGUGGCAGUUUGGAGGAGGAAGGCUGAGCCGGAGUGGCCGUCCUAA